AACACACAUACAUACACAUUACUAUUUACACAGAUCAUGGAAACCUAAUGAGACCCAAAAAGGCAAACCACCAUAAUAAGUAUAUACGAAGAUCUGGAUUCUGGAAGAGGAAUCAGUCAACACAACCUAAUCGACAUGAUGCGAUGCAAUCAAAUGCUUAGCGAUAUAGAUUUCCUCUAGUGUAUACUUUAUAAUUUUAUAUGUUUCUUGAUUCUUCAUCUCAUUGGGCCUUGCUUCUUCAGUCGGCUCCCUCGAGGCGGGUUUUUUUUUGUCUCCAACUGGAUUUUCUUUGAUAACACGAGAAGAUAAGUAAGUUUGAGAAAGUGUAUAUACACACACAUUGGAUACAAUUUGUUCAUUUGUUUUCGAUUCGAAGAGACCCAAUUGAAGAUAAUACAUAAUUGAAUUAAAUUGCUGGGAGAUGGAUCUGAAUAAACGAGGAUUUGUUGUUUUAGUUAUUGGGUUUGUUGUUCUUCUUGAAUUAUGUUUGUUGGCAUCAGCCAAUGUGGUUUUCCAGGUUCAGCAUAAGUUUGCUGGCAACAAACGGUCUUUGACUCAAUUCAAAGCUCAUGAUUCCGACCGUCAUCGGAGGAUUCUCUCAGCCGUUGACCUUCCCAUCGGCGGCGACGGCAGCCCCACCUCAGCAGCGCUCUAUUUCACUAAGAUUCAGAUUGGGACUCCACCGAAGGAUUAUCAUGUGCAAGUUGAUACAGGAAGUGACCUUUUAUGGGUGAACUGUGCUGGAUGUCAAAAAUGCCCCAAGAAAAGUGACCUUGGAAUAUCACUUGCACUAUACAAUCCACAAGCUUCCUCAACUGCAAAAAAGAUUAACUGUGAUCAAGAAAUUUGCGUUACCACACUGAGUGGCCCUAAUGAUGACUGUAGGGUCGGAAUGUACUGUUCAUAUCAAGUUACAUAUGGAGAUGGGAGUUCCACCAUGGGAUAUUUUGUUAGAGACACCAUACAACUUGACCGAGCUUCUGGAGACCUUCAAACCACAUUCAUGAAUGGCAGUAUUGCAUUCGGGUGCGGAUCACAACAAUCAGGGGAGUUGGGUUCAUCAGAACAAGCACUAGAUGGGAUACUAGGGUUUGGGCAAGCAAAUUCUUCCAUGCUUUCACAGCUUGCCUCUGCUAAAAAGGUCAAAAAGGUCUUUUCACAUUGCUUGGAUGGCUCUAAAGGAGGAGGCAUAUUUGCUAUUGGGGAAGUUGUACAACCGAAAGUACAGACAACACCAAUGAUUCCAGAGGCGCAUUAUAAUGUUGAAUUGAAGGCAGUUGAGGUAGGUGGUGAUGUUCUACAGCUUCCAACAGAUAUAUUUGAUGUUGGAGCAAAGAGAGGAACAAUCAUUGAUAGUGGUACGACUUUGGCUUAUCUACCUGAUUUGGUUUACAAGCAAGUUUUACAAAAGAUCGAUGCUGCACUACCUGAUAUAAAGAGUCACAUUGUUGAUCAACAGUUCACAUGCUACAAGUACCCUGGAAAUGUGGAUAAGGGUUUUCCAGAUGUGAUAUUUCACUUUGAAAAUUCACUUUCUUUGAAAGUUUAUCCCAACCAAUACCUCUUUGAAGUCGAGGAUCAAGACUGGUGUGUUGGGUUUCAGGACAGUGACUUGCAAUCAAAGGAUGGAAAAGAAAUAACUUUGUUGGGAGACCUUGUAUUGACAGAUAAGUUGGUGACAUACGAUCUGGAAAAAAAGACAAUUGGAUGGAUCGAGUAUAACUGCUCUUCAAGCAUCAAUGUGAAAGAUGAGGAAUCAGGGAAAGUUUAUUUGGUGGGUGCACAUAAUCUGUCUCAUUCAGAAAAAAAAUGGUUACUUGAGAUCGAUGGAGGAAUAAGGAAGAACGACCGGAAGCUGCUUGAGGGUCGAAAAGAGAUGAAUACAGAAGGGAAAAUGGUGGUUGUCGCCGGUUCUUCUUCUCCGCUGAACAGUGCCGACGGUCCUGUUUGCGAUCGAUCGGAGGCUUGCUUCAGCAGGCCAUGGCGGCGGUUUGGUAGUUAUUGGGUCGGUCUGCCAUUAAAAUGGAAGGAAGACGAGAGGUUGGGCUGA